UCCGGGGUAAGAGUGUGCUGUCACCGCCUACCCACCCUACACGUACCCUUUUUAAAUAUUAAACCGGCGGCGCAAAAGUCAGUUUGCCACCGCCCCUCUGAACACACCCCGGCCUUAAGUUUCAAACUCAGUAAAACGAGGCGGUGUUUUAGAGGCUGAGUCGGUGUUUCCGUUAGUUUUUAUAUAUCAAAAUUUCUUCUUCUUCUUCCUCAUUCCUCUUCCCCAAGUAAUCUUUUUCUUCUCCCAUAUGUACUUUGAUUCCUACGCACCACACAUAUAUAUACAGAUAAAAAUCUAUACGUAGUCUCUCUCUACCUAUCUUGUUUUCUGGGUUUUUCGUAUUGCUUCCAAGCUUCCAUACACGGCUUGGCAGGUCUCUCUUUUUCCUUCUAUCGUUAAUCAAUUCUAUGCUUUGCUACAAUUCUGUCAUGAUUCUUUUGGUAUAGAAAUAGAUAGUUUUACUUAGAAUUGUAGCUCAAAACGAUGCACAAUGUGCUGUUAAUUGGGUUUUCUGGUAAUUGAUUGAUUCGUAGGAUAGGUUCUUCAAUAUAUUCUUUUGUGAAUAUUCUUUGCUUUACAUUAGUUUCGUCUUUAGCCUUCCUUUUAAGCAAUAUUAUUGAUUGGUCUCUUUGUAACUUAGAAUCAGUAUUCAAUUCCGGUUAUAGCUGCUCAUAAAAUCGUAUCUGUGUCAGUAUUCUUCCGAAUUUGCAAUCUCGAUCGUGAGUUACCCUUUAUAUUAGGUGUUCUAGGAUUAAGACGCAGAGUCAGAAUUUAAGCAGGUUUCUGGGUUUUAGAUCACUUUGUCUUUUUGUGAUACAGUUUUAUUUCUUCAAUUCAAAUUUUGUCUGCUAUAAUAUGCAGCAACUUCAAUUGUUUUCUGAUCCAAUGGGAAAUACUGAGAGGUAUGUAAAUGGGUUUAGGGGUUUAGUUUUUAACAACAUGACAACACACACAUUGGAUAAUCAGUUUAAGCAUUCGGGUAUCGAAGAUCCAGUCGCUGGUACUGAUCAUGAUGAUCAGGACCACUCAAUUUCCGAUUGCGAAAGUGGGAUUUCUAAUGAAGAAUUUCAAUAUUUUGGUGAUGGGUUGAUCAGAAUGGAUGAGGAGGACAGGCUGCACCACGUUACCAAGCAGAGGUUUGUGUCAGGUUUAGGUUCUCUUGGAGGACAUACCAAAGUUGAGGCCAUUCAUAGGAAUGAUUAUUCUAGCUGUACAAGACAAGCCCGGCUUCAUUCGUUUCAUAUUUUCUCAAGAGCAAUUGAAAAGAAGAAUGGUGGCAAUGCUAAUGUCAAGUAUGCCUGGUAUGGUGCUUCUAAGGAUGAGAUUAGUAAGAUCAUGUCACAUGGAUUUGGUCAUUGUGGAAACUUUGAGGACAAUGGAUUCGGUUGUGGUGUCUUUCUCUCUCCUGAGCAUUCUCCUAUUGAAAGUGUGCAAUCCUCAGUUGUUGAUGAGAAGGGGUUAAGGCAUCUCUUGCUUUGUCGUGUUAUCUUGGGGAACAUGGAGCUUGUUCAUCCCGGUUCUGGACAGUGUCAUCCAAGUUGUGAGGAGUUUGAUUCUGGGGUAGACAAUCUGCUAUCUCCUAAAAAAUAUAUUGUUUGGAGUACCCAUAUGAAUACUCAUAUCUUGCCAGAAUAUGUGACAAGUUUCAGAGCUCCUUCUUACUUGAAAGGGUAUCAAAGGAUCCAAGAUUGCCUUAGGAAACCAAUCUCACCAUGGAUGCCGUUUCCAAGUCUUAUUUCUGCACUUUCCAAGUUCUUACCACUGCAAACCAUUAGAUUGAUUGCAAAGCAUCACAGUGAUUUUAAAGAAAAGAAGAUCUCAAGGCCAGAGUUGAUACGCCAAGUGAGACAAAUAGCAGGAGAUAAGUUGUUGACAGUGGUCAUAAAAUCUUUCAGAGACAAGCAUCUUAAACCAUCUCCUGUUUUUUCUUCAAACAAAAGCUCCAACAAUUGCCAGCAUUGGAAUGGAAGAAACCCAGCUCGUAGACAGGGAUGAGAUGAUAUUUGCUAGAGGCUUUAUUUUGCUGAAGUUGAGAGUUUGGCAUGAAUAGAAGAUAAUAAGAUGGCUUGGUAUUCAUUGGGAAUUAACACAUUUUGAUCAGCUAAUUUGGGACCAAGUUUGGCAAAUAAUUUGUUUCAGGAAUAGCUGUAGUUGGAGUGUUCUAACUUAGGAGUAAAACUCUAGUUUUUGUGGCUGCAAGUUAUAUCUUCAAGGUUUAUUGUAACACUGAUAUAUUGUUAAUAUUGUUAUUCAA